CUUGGUAACCGGAAGCAGCAUAGCAGGUUGACAUUGUGGUGCGUCCAACAGUUACAACAGAGAUACAGAGAGAGGGGUUCCUCUGACACUUUAAGGACUGGUGUUCAUUAUGGGAGCUUCAUUGUCUGGUCCUGCCACCACCGUUAGGGCAGAGGCUGCAGUGGCAGCUCCACAUUUUGGUGGGGUGACCCCACCCCCUGGAUGUCCCAUGCAUCAAGAGCCCCCCAAAAGCUCUCCGCUGCCUGAGUGCCCAAUGCAUAAGGCUCAGAUGGCACCGGCCGGACCAGUGCAUCAGGACAGAGCUUACGAGUUUGUCCAGUGUCCCAUGAAAGCUGCAGAUGGAGCCAUCGAUACCACAAACAUGAUGCCUCCUCCAAACCAGAUGCCCGCCCCUGACCAGCCCUUCCCUCUGUCUGUGAAAAGAGAGCAGUCGAAAAUCCCUCGAUCAGGCACAGAAAAGAACUGGGUCUAUCCUUCUGAACAGAUGUUUUGGAAUGCCAUGCUGAGGAAGGGGUGGCGCUGGAAGGACGAUAAUCUUGCUCCUGUAGACAUGUCCAACAUAAUCCAAAUCCACAAUCGUAACAACGAUCAAGCCUGGCAGGAAAUCCUGAAAUGGGAAGCACUACAUGCCAGCGAAUGUCCAUGUGGUCCAUCUCUUAAAAGAUUUCAGGGCAAAGCAAAAGAGUUUUCUCCAAGAGCCAGAAUACGACACUGGAUGGGAUACGAAUUACCUUACGACCGACACGACUGGAUCGUAGAUCGCUGUGGAAAGGAAGUUCGCUAUGUCAUCGACUACUACGACGGAGACAUUGAUAAAGACACCUACCAGUUUUCCAUCCUGGAUGUGCGUCCGGCCACUGAUUCUCUGGAGGCUGUUUGGGAUCGGAUGAAAGUGGCGUGGUGGCUUUGGACGUCGUAGAAUUCAUCUUUACACAGUUCUAACCUUUCUGUACAGAUAUAAAACAUCACAGAAAAACUUCAAAUGUACCACGUACUAAUAUCGCAUAGGUAGAGUCUUAUGUAAACACUUGCACACAUUGAUUGUUGGUGAUAUAUCUGGCUUUAAACAUUUACUGGAGAUUUACUAUGAAUAGUGCCAUAUUCCAUAUUAUUAACCACUAAGGUUAAACAUAUCUGGUGGUUGUUUUCUUUCAAAGCCUGGUCAUUGAGUGUUUUAGUGGAAGUGUGAAGAAAGAUUUGGCAGCUGUUAUACGUUUGUAGCUCAGUGAAAAUGGUUCAGUGGUCCCUGCAUUUUUUUUUUUGCUUAUGAAUGUAAUUGAUCUGCCUCAUGCAAUGAAGCAUAUGAUACCAUAUAUUUUUUUUUUUUACUUGUCGUCUUUCUUCCCAUAUUCACCUUGCCAACUGUAACAGUUUCAGCUCUGAAAUUAUGUAAAUUCUUGCAAACUCUCUCUGGGUUUAUUUAUUUUUGCAGAAAUGGCUGUCUAUGUAUAUACUAAAGUGCUGAUGUCUGUGAUCACUAUGAGUGAGAGUGUUUUAUAAAGACAUUUAUCCUCUGAUUAUUCAAAUAAAUACAUUGUAUCUGGCUUUGAAA